GGUCAGAACGUGACAACAUGUUUUUGCCCAAACGACGAAUUUCCAGAACGAAUCGCUUACCUUUUCUUCUACUUCAGUGUUCCGCUGGUAAAAUUACACACCACAACGGAAAAGGAGCAAUUUCAGCAAACACGAUUUCUAUACUAGCGCUUCGAUCACCCCUUUACUGCGUCCAGUAUUGCCAUCAGUAUCUCCACAUCGCCAAAAGCUUCCACGCGAACAGGUCAUCCUUAUUGAAAGUGAGGAGGAGUUUGAAGGGGAAGCUGUGCUAGAGAAAAAGAGGUUGAAAGGAAAAGAAAAAGAAGAAGUUAACUCUAAAAAAGAAGUUGAAACCCAAACACUCUUAGAGAAAGAGCAAAAGCCUCGCC